AACCCCAAAACCCUUCUUGGUCAUCCCCCCUCCCCCAUCCCUUUCUCUGCCCCACAUCUCCUGGUCUUCUCCCCCCAGGGAGGAGUGGAUGAAGGCCAUCCAGACGGUGGCCAACAGCCUGAAGAACCAGGAACCCCCCGGAGAUGCCAUGGACUAUAAAUGUGGGUCUCCCUCCGACGGCACCGGCCCCGAGGAGAUGGAGGUGGCCGUCAGCAAAACACGCACCAAGGCCACCAUGAACGAUUUCGAUUACCUGAAACUCCUUGGAAAAGGCACUUUUGGGAAGGUCAUCCUGGUGAGGGAAAAGGCCUCCGGCCGCUACUACGCCAUGAAAAUCCUCCGGAAAGAGGUCAUCAUCGCCAAAGACGAGGUGGCCCACACCGUGACGGAGAGCCGGGUGCUGCAGAACACCAGGCACCCCUUCCUCACCGCGCUGAAAUACGCCUUCCAGACCAACGACCGGCUCUGCUUCGUCAUGGAGUACGCCAACGGCGGGGAGCUGGAGAACCUCAUGUUGGACAAGGACGGGCACAUCAAGAUCACGGACUUCGGGCUCUGCAAGGAGGGCAUCUCGGAUGGGGCCACCAUGAAGACCUUCUGCGGGACCCCCAGACAGUUCCAGAAGAAGCAGCUACACUCGGGGCAGAUGCUUGGGCUGAGCUUGAAAGCAGCCUAUAGACAACUUUAUGGGCACCUGCUAGUCCUGGAGGACAACGACUACGGUCGGGCCGUGGACUGGUGGGGCCUGGGGGUGGUGAUGUACGAGAUGAUGUGCGGCCGCCUCCCCUUCUACAACCAGGACCACGAGCGCCUCUUCGAGCUCAUCCUCAUGGAGGAGAUCCGCUUCCCCCGCACCCUCAGCCCCGAGGCCAAGGCCCUCCUGGCCGGGCUGCUCAAGAAAGACCCCAAACAGAGGCUCGGAGGAGGCCCCAACGACGCCAAGGAGGUGAUGGAGCAUCGGUUCUUCGCCCCCAUCAACUGGCAGGACGUGGUGCAGAAGAAGCUCGUGCCCCCCUUCAAGCCCCAGGUGACCUCGGAGAUCGACACCCGUUACUUCGACGACGAGUUCACGGCUCAGUCCAUCACCAUCACCCCCCCGGAUCGAUAUGACACCUUGGGCUCCUUGGAGAACGACCAACGCACCCAUUUCCCCCAGUUCUCCUACUCCGCCAGCAUCCGGGAGUGACGCCCCCCGCAGGACGACGAUGGCAACGACGACGACGACGACGAUGGUGAUGAUGAUGAUGAUUUUGGGGGUUCCCUCACCACCAAAAGGGGUGGUUUUCUCCCCAAAAAUUGGGGUGGGGGGGGACGGGACACAUUUUGGAAGCCAUAAACCACCCCCC